AUGGCCGGGGAAACCCCGUUCUCGCCGUCUCCGGACAAACCAGUCGUCGCCGUGGCAGGUGGUACCGGCGACCUGGGCACACGGCUGACCGAGACGUUUCUCUCCGCCGAGCUGCGCGACCGGCUGUCGGGGUUCGUGCUGCUCGCUCGUCGCUACACAGCCCGGAUGGAACGAUGGAGGGACUCUUUAGGUGCCGAGGUGCGCAUUAUCGACGACGACGACGAGGGCGACGGGGUGACGGGGUGUGAUGAAAACGAUCUGAUCAUGGCGUUGGACGGGGUCGAUGUCCUUGUUAAUGCCAUAUCAUCAUCAGGCGCCCGACUGCGCGACAAGAUCGCCCGCGCGCUCCCCCAGACGCGGGUGAAGCUGUACUUCCCGUCCGAGUUCGGGGUGGACCACACGCUGCACGACUUCCGCGUGCCGGAGUGGGACGGCAAGAAGGCGCACUACGCGCUGACCCGGCAGGUUUUGGCGCCCACGAACAUCCAGGUCUGCAGGAUCUUCAACGGCCUGUUCCUCCACAGCGGCGUCGGGCCCUGGUACGGCUUCCACACGGCCAAGGACGUUUACCAGGCCGUAGGCUCCCUCGACCAACACGUCAGUUUCACCGAAAUCGGCGACAUCGCCCGCGUCCUGUGUCUGCUCGCCGAGCGCGCCAUGCGUGGUGGCCCCGUGCCCCCGCAGCUCCGCAUCGCAGGCACCAACGCGAGUUUUCGCGACGUCGCUCGGCUCAUGACCGCGGCGGGCGCGGGUGCGGGUGCGGGUGCGGGCGAGAAGAAAGAGAUCGAGCUCAAGAGCGUCGAGUUGGAGGCGUUCCGCAACCGCAUCCUGAACCGCCAGUACGAGGACCGCGGGCCCAUCCCGUGUCUGCGCUUCAUCAUGGGCGACGGGCGCGCAGACUACAGAACCACGGAAGAAGGUGGGCUGGGCAACGAUAACGACCUCGUCAACCCGGACCAGAGGCAUUUUGUGUGGAAGACCAUGAGGGAUUUGGCCGUCGAGACCAAGGGGAGACCGAAUGUGAAUGCUUGA